CGGCCCCCUCACUCUGACCAACGCGCGUGCUCCCAACCUGUUUUUGUUGAAAGGGAUGGCGCGGGUGUCGAUGCCAACCUUCUGCAAUGGCUAAUCUUCGAUGUUUUAAACAAGCGGUCGCGCGACAUACUUGUGGACAACCCAUACGAAACGGCCAGCCGAUAAAUCCAGCUUCGGCAAAACGGUCGGUUCCAAAUCGUUCCUGGAGGUGGAAGCCCAUGAGCUCGAAACUGUGUGGCUCGGCUUCUGUGGUGUCAUUGAUGUCGUGAAACAUAAGGGGGUGCAAUACAUGUGGUGGACUAUCUGUACACCUGGUGCAGUCCAUGUGCAGACCACGAGGUGCCUCCUGAACCGCCCGCCCGCGCAGGGACGGGCAGGAGAGGCGGGCACGGGCGCCAAGGUGGGCGAAAGCCCAGGACCGCAGCUCGACUAGCGAGUAAUCGUGGUAGGAACCCCUAAGUGCAAAAAACAGGCUUUGGGCAUUCUUUGUGUGUUUUGUUGUGCUCGGUUCCAGGACUGCGGCACCUCGUGUGGUGCACACGCACACCAUGAGCUCAGUCACUCUUGAUACGACCUCUCCUGCACGAGUGCAGCAUGCUUCCUGCAAGAAACAAAGCUCCCGCACAUAUCCAAGCGAUGGUCAUCUCGUAUUUGAGGACAUGAUCAACGAAUCGUCGCUGAACAAUUGUGGCGAAUACACUAUCCGCCGCAGUGCCCCCUGGUAUGUUGGGGCGUGCUACAAUGCCAAAAGCUGUCUGCUGAUGUUUCUGUAAUCUUCUUAGACCCCCCCCCCCUCUCGUCGCAAAAAGUGACGAUGACCAAAAGAGAACGAAGAAACGCCGCCCAAACUGCUGGCUGGCACGUUGCAGAACUUGCCGCAAGCAGCUGGAUACACGAUAACAACAGGAAGCCGGCACUGCCACCAAAGCAGCUUCCGGUCAUAAUUGGCAGAAGAACCUCGUAGGCACAACGAUAUGAUCCAAGUUGCAGUGUCCAGUGUAAUGAACAAUGCGAUGACGACAGCAGCAAACUCUGCAGGCUGAUCCCAUGCCUCGUUGAUAUCAUGCGCUAGAGUCCGUGUAAACGCGACUAACCUCUCCUUCCACACAAGAAAUUGCGACGGCGGCAAAACCAGAUAGCUCAAGUCGACGCGGGUUUCGUUUGGAAUUCCAUUGAAUUUGUGAGCAAUGGAUUCAACAACUUCAAUCCACCAUUUAAGAACCACUUUCUCGUCGUGCCGGAGUCUUACCAACAUUCGUGUUUGAAGGUCAACGCUACUAUCUAUCAGUAAAGCGCUGUCCUCAGCAAGCGACGUUGAGUAUCUAGACAAGGCGUCUGUCGCAAGCGAUCGUGCGAUACAUAAUGCUUUUGCUUCCACACCCCAAGUCGUUCCAUGCUGUCUGUGGUCAAUUUUGGUCGCAAGGGACCGGGCAUACUCGAGAAAACGUGUGGCGUCUUUAUUGGUUGCGUUCCGUCGCAGAACAAGUUUAAUAUCAGUUGCGUCAUCCCAACCCUCACCAUGGCAUUGAUGCUGCGCUCGAAGGGCGUCACCAGCGGAAAUAUCUAAAUGAACCGCUGGGAAACUACUUGCACGCUCACUCGUAAAACCCCACCCGAUGAGAAAAUUGAAAUUGUUGUAGCUAUCGGCAUCUUCUUGAAGCGGGCUGCCGUAAGAAUUUAGGAACUCACCGCCACGAUGAAUGCGACGGUAAGCAAUCCAAGCUAGGGCCCCAGGUACGACGUCCCAAUCAGCAUUUAUAUUCUUGACGUCGCCAUGAAGUGCCAAAUCAAGCAAUGGAAACAUGCAGCGCCCAUAUUCAUCAAUCUUGGUGUGAACUUCUAUCGACCGAGUAUUCAUCAUGUCCCAGCCCCAUUCGAACUCAUCGAAGGUAACUGGCGGCUUAUUAAGGCUCCAACUGCUGUUGAACGUUUUUUGUAGGUCCCCUCGCAGCGACCUAAUGUGGGCGAGUGCAGACGAUCCUUCCAAAUGUUGCAGUACAGACUCGUUCCAAUUUUUUGGAAGUGACGACUGCGAUGGGAGCAUUGCUAAAUACUUUGACCACCUGGAAUUUUCACCCAAGGUGCGCUCAUGCGCCAAAUACCGGGCAAAUCCAUGACUCGUCGGUCACUGCACCCCCGGGGAACGCAGCGCCUCCUGUGAUCAAGCGCGUCAACGGCAAGACGGCAACGAUCGCUCCCGGCUCGAACUGCUGCCUCGAGAAGAUCGUUCUCCCGUGGUCCCCUUCCCGCAGUUCAAAGCUGUCGCUCAACGUCGCCUGCAUCAGUCCACCAAGACCAGCCUCGUCUAUUCCUUCCUGCAACCAGGACAGUAAGCCUUGGAACCUGGCCGAUGCGUCUGGAUCCACUUCUUUCGCUUCGACGGAUGGUGUCGCAUGGAAGGAGCCAGCGGAGAACCCACAAGACACUGCCACAUCUGCGAAGCAUCUUUCACGACCGUAGGAAAGCAGAUGACGUCGAGCACUGUUGAUUGAACCAUUUUCGCUCGAACCAGCACUGCUUGA